ACUGGUGAGGCUUCCGCGCGAGCCGUGGUGAACCAACAGGUGUUUCGGGCUUGGUACCACCGGUUUCCUUCAUUUUCUAGUAGUGUUUUAAGCCGGUGCCUUUCACUACAAACAUAAGUUGGACUGUACCGCGGUAUACUCAUUGCGAAGAAAGCGUAAUAUGAUGUCGGAGACCGUUGUGACGAUGGACGGUUCCAGCAACAACGCCAACAAUCCUCGACAGGUGCCUACCGUGAAGACGGAACCGGUUCAACCUAAUCCUUUAACGAGCAUCACACUGAACGUGUCCUACUUUAGAACGAUACCUGGUAUCAUUAAACUUUUACAACUGGGCAUUGGUAUAAUAGCUAUGGCAUGCGCAUCUCCAGCCUACGCAGGUGCAACCGAUUGGUUUCUCUUCGUUUCCGUAACGGCUUUCAUUGCCACAUUGUUAUGGUGUUUCAUUUACGUGCUAUCGAUCCGAGAAUCGCUUAAGUUACCUAUCAACUGGAUUAUGACGGAACUCGUAAACACGUCAAUAUUCGCCGUACUUUACAUGAUCGCCUUCAUAGCGCAAUUAUCCGUCUGGAGCGUAGUACAUCAUACGUCUAGCUCGAGGAAUAUUGCCGCAGGGGUAUUCGGGAUCUUCAAUACGAUCAUGUAUGCUGCUGGAGCGUAUUUCUUGUUUGUUGAAUGGCGAAGUGGCAACUCGCAGUGAAGAUGAGCGAAGGUACAUCAAGAGACAUUAGGUACCUGAAGACCACCUACGAUAAAGCUACCACACUUGGGUUUCAAUUAUUCUAUGACCAGUGCAAGGUUGUAGAGGAAUGGGUCGAAGCUAGUCCAACCUUGGCCCUGCCCGAUAAUGUGUCGUAGCUUAACGAGAGACUCUAUAAUCAAUCCCUGUGCCUUAAAUGUUAGUUGACUGAUCAGCCGACCGCGCGAUUCAGUCGCAUUCUUCUUCUCAUUCGGGAUCGCGCGAUCGUGUAUCAGCGGCAGUCUGCGACUACGGUUUUUCUAUGAGAUCACGUUCAAGCAUAAAAGCAGAACAGAAUUUGACGCCGGCCUAGGACGGGUUACUGUGCCGAAGAAAGUACCAAUGAUUCUGAAGGUGUUAAUAGACAAUUAAAGUUUUGUUGAGUUUCUUCUCGCUGCGCUCCUGUAUUUUUCAUUGUACAAACGGUUGCAUUAUCAAGAAAAAGAAUAAAAUCAUGCCUAUAUGGCGUCAAUAAAAUUCAUAUUAAACAUAGAUCUUCCAAAUUUUACAAAAUUUAUUCACUAUUUCGGUUGUUAAUCAUACGUACAUUUUCCGAUACUUUCCCGUCCAGUUUUCUUUUCUAACCGUACAUUUCUCGCACUACCGCGUUUUUUAUUUAUACAUAUGUAUACACGCAUUAGUUAUAACACAUCUAUACAUAUACAAAUAUUAUAUAUAUAUAUAUAUAUCUAUUUUAUAUAGGUAAUAUAUUUGCACAAAGUGAAUGGAGUACAUUGUUUUACUUUUAUUUUUUAUUUUCUUUCACUCAUAGAGAACACUUAUGCAAUUUGCAUUCAUCGAUGUAAAAACAAUUUGUUAUUACGGGUGAAUGAAUAUUUUUGAAUACAUUGUACUUUUUCUGUACACAUUACCAUUGAAAUAUAUGUUCGUUUUCAAUAU